CCCGCCCGCAGCACCAACCCGCAAACCCAACCCGCAACGCAACGCACCACGCCCCGCAACACCAGCGCAAACCCCGCUGUUCCCUUCCGCCCCUCCUCCUCCGACGAUUCGAGGCCCGGGGCUCCCGCGCGGCGGAGGCGGAGGCGGAGGCAUGAGGACGGCGGCGGCGACGGAGGCGCACCAGUCGCGGCUCCUCUACGAGCUGGGCGCGCUGCUGCUGACGAUCCUCCGGUCGCCGCUCGGGCCGGGGGAGGAGGGGCGGGGGCCGCCGCGGCAGGUGACGGCGGCCGGGGUGGCGUCCAUGAUGCUGGGCGCCUCCAUGGCGCUCAUGCUCUGCGGCUCCGUCACCUUCAUGCUCGGCUUCUUCCUCAUGCCCUGGGUCGUCGGCCUCGCCUGCGUCUUCCUCUUCGUCGGGUUCCUCACCAACCUCUCCGGGAUCGGGCGGGCCAUCCUCUGCUGGACCGCCGCCUCCUCCUCGCCCCAUAAGGACGCCUCCACAUGGCAUAUAUUUCCCAAGCCUCCAUUCAUGUAGACGUUUGAAUACGAAGCAGCGCUGUACAGAAGAAGCGCCAUGAGUUUGUGCAGCAGUAUUUUCCUUCCUGGGCAACUUUUACCAUGUAACAAAUGCAACAAGUCUGAAUGGUUGUAUACUUAUAACUAGGAGGAUACAUCUUGACAGCAAACUUUGUACAUAUUGGAAGAAUGCUCUGUUGUAAUUGUUACGCGAGGCUUAUGAUUGUUUGAGAAAUGAAGAUCCUCGGUAUCUUCCCAAAAUCACAGGAAAUUUCGUAUUUCCGGAUAAGUUUGUAUCUGUUUGAGAGGAAUGUCCGCAAAUUGGAUGGUUUCAUCGGUGGGAAUGCUUGUAAUGCCAUGUAAACUUGAAAUCUGUAUGAUGUUGACCAUAAAUGAAUUUCUCAUUUUCAAGAAUGAGAACGAAAAAAGGGUGACAGAUUUUUGUCGAAGAGUAGACGGCAAUAUGCAUACUCUGCUCACUGGAGUAGAAGGUUAGCAAUGCUUCCUUUACUUGAAAUUGACUUGUAUGAUUUUGAUCAUAGGUGUUUCCUUUAUUAUAGACUAGAGUAGAUAGUGAGAAGAAAAUGGGGUUUUGUCCAAUCCGUUGGCAGUGGCGUCUGGCUUUUGAUUACACUACCAUCUGUCUCCUCUGCUUGAACUUGACCUGUCCUUAUCCUAGCCUGAGCUAGCAAGGCUAACAACGGAUUGCUACAGGUUGCUUCACGAAAGUGCCUCUUCUUCUGGACCCAAAAGAGCUACGAGAUUGCUACAGGUAACUGCGGAUGCUGGGACCCUGACUCGAGCUAGAAAAAUGGGCACCCUGAGACCCACCGAACUGAAAGGUUGCAAGGUCAGGUCGAAUGUAGGGGCCAUGAAAGCAAAGGCAAGAGGAGAUCAACAUCAGAAUUCAGAAGCAAAGUUGAGGCCAGCUCUUCCGGCAACGGCAAGCAACUGGCUCCUUUCUCGUGUAUGACCAUCAGCAUCAGGGAGGAGCACAGAAACUCAAGAGAAGAUCAACACACAGAAUCAGACAAUCAGAGAUAAAAUGGGCGCGCAAGAUUGAUACAAUAAUAACCACGAUACAAUUUCAGAUCCAGACCCAUAAUACUGGGUGUUUCGUUAUGUUUCAUCCCCAGUGAAUCUCAUAAUAAGCUGUUGAGAAGAAAUCACCACAAAGUUUUUCACCAUCAAACACAAAAA